UGCAGUUCAAGGUGAUGUGUAUUACGGCGCAAAGUAGCACCUGAAGGUCGCUGCGGGUCUCUGGUGGUCGAGGUCAUCUCCCGAGCAAAGGUGUUACGUUUAGAAGAUUAGUAAUGUCUCGUCCACUGGUUGCAUUUAAAGAUGUCAAGAAUUGGAAUAUCUUCAGUGGAUUAUGUAUACGUCGACCUGCAGUGAUUGCACCAGAAUUAAAACCACUUGAAAAACAAGUAGCUAAUCUAAUCGAAAAAAUGGAAUUUGAAAAAAGUCAUUUAUCGGCACAUGAAUUAAGGCAUGAAAUUGAAACGAAAAAACUUUCCAAUGCUCUUUCAAAAGGGAGUAGUAGCCGUACACAAGAAUCACUAAUGACUGCUCGUGAAGCGGAAAUAAUGUGGGAAUUAGAAGCUGAGCAAUUUAAGCCGGCAGAAAGAUUAACAGAAAAUGAUAAAAUUCAAAAUUUAAAAUCUGCUUGGCGUGUACUAGAUAAACCUUUAUACUUGUUAAUUCAAUCUUCAAAUAAUAAUCUAUCUAAUGAAUGGAAUUUUCCAAGUGCACCAGUAUGUCAUGGCAAAAAUCUAAGACAGAUUGCAAAUUCAAUAGCAACCAGUUUAUUACCGCCAAGAGCUAAAUGGUGUAUAUUUGGUAAUACACCAAUUGGUGUUUGGUUAACACAAGAUCAAAAUAAAGAGAAUACUGGUACACAGGUAUACUUUUUCAAUGUCUAUGUGGAUAGACAUUGGCAUGGUGAAGAUUUAUUACUGAAUAACAAUAAUAGUAAUAAUAAUAAUAAUUUCAAUAUUAACGAUUUUGUAUGGGUACCAAGAACUCAAUUGGAAAAAUUCAUUCAAUCACAAGAUCUUUUAACCACGUUGAGAUCAUUUGUUAAGGAUUAUUGAAUUGUCUAUUCCUUUUGUUCUUCUCUUCACUUAUAUCUCACUCAUUGUACAUUGAAUAGCAGCUGUAAAUAGGUUUUUCUUUAUUCUUUAUCUUCUAAUUAAAACAAAAACGAUUUUUUUUUGACUAAUAAUAAAAGAUAAUUUAUAGA